AUGGAGAACAUUUUUUCAAUAUCAGCAAUUAGUCCUUCAUUAUUGGGUAAGAAAAUAGCUGAUGACCUCAAUCAAUUCUUUUGUAUCAUUUUAAGAUGUACAAUUCUCAGCAUCCUAAGCACAUUUCAAGAUUUAUCUUCUUGUUUUUCUUUUUCACUCCGAGCAAUACUUUUGUUCUUCAUCACUCUCCGAAACGCAUUGACUCGAGAUGAUCAUGAUCAUGAUAAUGAUAAUAAUCCUCCCGAUGCUAAAAAUUGUUAUGAAAAUUGCGAUAACGAGGAAGAAAUUGUUGAGGUAGUAAUUAUGGAUAAACUAAUGAGUUUAUGCAAUUCAAAUGAGAAUAAAACAGAGUAUGCAGAGGUUUCGAGUUUAUUUGACGAAGUAGAACCUAGUUUUGAAGAAAUUAAAGAAGCUUUUGAUGUGUUUGAUGAAAAUGGAGAUGGAUAUAUUGAUGCAAGUGAGUUAAUGAAACUUAUUUGGAGAAUGGGUUUAUCCGAAUUUUCGAUGAACGAUUGCAAGAAGAUGAUUAUGGCCUUUGAUGAAAACAGAGAUGGAAAAAUUGAAUUUUCUGAAUUUUUGAAGCUCAUGGAACAGAGCUUUCGGGAUCCUGUAGAGUUAGACUGA